GUGAGCUCAUGCCUUCUAUCUUUCAAUACAACUGUCAUUUCUCAAAGCUUUCUCAGGAGAGCAUUUCCAUUAAACUCUUUAGUUUUAUGGACCAUUUCGCAUCAACACCGGGUAACUGCAGGAUAAAGAACUGGUAAUGAAUCUGUGAAUUCUACAUCCAAGUGAAGACUGACCUCUACUGUUGGCGAUAUGGGAGCCAAGAACAAUGAAAGUCUUGAUUUCCUAUCUGUCUUUCUGACUGGACUCCCAGGAUUAGAGGCCCAACAUGGCUGGUUUUCCAUCCUCUUCUUCACUAUGUACAUUGUGGCCAUUGUGGGCAACAGCCUAAUCAUGGCAGCAGUGCAGACAAACCCUGCCCUACAUGAGCCCAUGUACCUGUUUCUGUCUAUGUUGGCUGUGACUGAGGUGGGUGUCUCUGUGUCUACCCUGCCCACUGUCAUGGGCAUUCUUUGGUUUAAUGCCUUCCAGGUUAACUUUGAUGGCUGCCUGUCUCAGAUGUUUUUCAUUCACACUUUCUCUUGCAUGGAAUCAGGGGUCCUCUUGGCCAUGAGUUAUGAUCGUUUUGUAGCUAUCUACAGCCCACUGCGCUAUACAGCCAUAUUAACUCUGCCCCGCAUCAUCUGCAUGGGUCUGGGCAUUACACUGAAGAGUGUGACGCUCAUGGCCUCCCUUCCAGUCCUUUUGAGGCGACUGCCCUACUGCCACACUAAUAUCCUCUCUCACUCCUACUGCCUCCACUCAGACCUGAUCCAGCUGCCAUGUGCUGACACUAAGCUCAAUAGCAUCCUAGGCUUGGCUAUUGUCCUGGCCACUUUUGGGCUAGACUCACUGCUUAUUGUGAUCUCUUAUAUACUGAUUCUUUACACAGUGUUGGGCAUUGCUUCUGGGGAGGGACGGCGGAAGGCUCUCAACACAUGUGUGUCACACAUCUGUGCAGUGCUUGUGUAUUAUGUGCCUAUGAUUGGUGUGUCUGUGAUGCAUCGUGCUGCCAAGCAUGCCUCACCCCUGAUCCACACACUCAUGUCCAACAUCUACCUCUUUGUGCCUCCUGUGCUCAACCCCAUCAUCUAUAGUGUCAAGACCAAGCCAAUCCGACAAGGAAUUGCUGGCUUAUUUUCCUGCAAGAGAGAAUUGUUCUGAAUUCUCCAUGGGGGCAGGGACUUUGAAUCAGUCCAUAAACUCUGAUGGUGUUUCUGCUGUAGACAAAGCUCUAUGCCGGCAUUGUGAGGAAGAAUAGAAACAAGAUAUUCAAACUGUUAACACAGGCUUAAAUCUGAAUCACAAGAUAUAUCCCCAGCUGUUCCUAUCUCACAUUUUAUCAAUGUCAGUGCACAUGUGGACACCCUCUCUAAUAGAUUUGAUUAGCCUGAAAGAAGAGAUCAUAAAUUUCUUUUCUUUUCUUCUUAAAACUCUUAGAAUAAGAGCCUAGCAAAUAGCUGACAGUAAAGAUAGGAGGCUUAAUGAUAUUUGAAAUGAAAUAAAACAAAUUUCUGUUUUGGUGGGUUAGGCUGGGACUAAGCAUCUUCCCCAGUAAAAGAGGAUCAUCCUAAAGACCUACCUUUGAUUAAGAUGAGCACACUUUUUGGUUUUCCCCAGAUAGUCAUGAUUUACACUUAUUUUCCUCAACAUCAUUAUUAAUAGCACUCCCUUCCCCUCUCGAAUUUCUCUUGUUUAAAUGAUAAAUUAUAUGGAAAACUUACUUGUAAGGCAACCUCCCGUCUUUUAUGAAAGGAGCCAACUAUCCCUAUGACUCACCAUAAAAUGGUCUCUACCACGAGAAUUUUUGUACCAGGAGACUCUGAGAAUGAGGAACGUGUGACUAAAUGGCCUCAACUUAGGCACAAAGCAAAAUAUAGAUAACCUCACAGGCCCAGGUUUCAGAUCCUAAGAAUCUCAGCUAAAUCACCAAAUUGUUACUGUGUCUCAUUAUUCCUGUUCCCCUUCCCCCUGUCCCUUCAGAUUUCAAUAAUCUUUCCGUUUUUAUCUUUUCCUUUAAUCCACUCCUCCUCAAGCUUGUCCACAAAGGUGUAGUUGACACUGCUUGUUUCUGCUUUCAGCUGUCUAUAAUUUUCUUUAUUUCUUCCUUUUUUUCUUGUUGUUCAAGCACAGUUGUCUCCACUGUCUAUGGUUUUCUGAAGACCUUUUGUUAAAUGGAAAAGAUCUUCACAUGUAAGCAACAUAGGUUUAUGUAGAGUGGAUUGAUAAGACUGCUGGUUGGUCAGAAACUGGACUCAUAUUUUCAGCCUCUGUCACCUCAGGCCCUCCAAUGACAAUGUAAAUAUUUUUCUCACUAUAUUAUAUUUUCCCAACUUCAUCAGACUCAUUAAGGUCACAUUUACACAGUGGCUCUUUUUUGAACUCAGUGUGUGUAGAACAGUGAUUGCCACAUUUGUAUGUAAUCUCAGAAAUAACUAAUGGAAAAAUAACUGUAUCUUCUCAUGCAUUUUCAGGCUGACAUCUAACAUUUUCAUUGUAAAUUUACAUAGUGGUUGAGCAUGCAUUUUGGGACAUACUAUAAAUAUAGUCCAUUUAAAAUAAAUCAAUAUAUCAUAUUUUAAAAUAUCUGAUGAAA